AUGGCAUCGGUGAAUAAGGCGAAUACGGACGCUGAAUAUUCAUAUAUCACAACAUACAAAGCAGCAAACAAAAUGACAUAUUGUACUAAAUGUUGGGGUUUGGGCCAUUUGAGAGAUGUAUGUAUAAUACUAACGCAAAGAUGUCGAAUAUGUUUAGGUAAUUUUGGUCUAAAUCAUCAGUGUUCUAAUGUUCUAAAAUGUGCUAAUUGUCAGCUGGAGCAUCACUCACUAGAUCCAAGAUGUGAUGUUAUUCGUCGGUAUCGUACAGAAUUAAAUAAAGCUGUUAAUAUGGCAAUUUGUGAAGGUAAAUUACACCGUCGUGAAAUACCACAGCAACAGGAUCAACCGACUACAUUUCGUUAUAACAAUAAUGAUUUCCCAGUAAUGAAUACUGAUAAAAUCAAGUCUAACCCAUGGAAUAUACAGAAUAAUAAUAGUGAUCAAUAG